AUGGGAAAUACUCUUAUCAAUGUCGGUCAUGAACAGGUCCUUGUAGAUAGAAAACUAGGACAAGGAGGAUUUUCACAAGUUUAUCUUGUCCAUUCUCAAAUAAGUAAUAGAGAAUAUGCAAUGAAAGUUAUGUAUUAUGGUGACCAAAAUGAUUUAAAACGGAUUCAACAAGAAAUAAAUGUACAUAAAGCGUUAUGUAAAAACGAAUUUAUUGUACCAUUGAUUGAUAGUGCUAUCUAUAGUGAACCAGAAAAAAAAGUAGUAUUAUUGAUGGAUUAUUGUCCUGUUUCUACAAUUAAUGUAUUAGAAAGAACUUAUCCAAAUCCAAUAAAAGAAGAAGCUGUUUUAAGAAUGUUUUAUCAAAUUUGUCAUGCUGUUGCUUUUAUGCAUUCACAAAAUCCACCAUUGUGUCAUAGAGACUUAAAAGUAGAAAAUGUAUUAUUUAAAAAUAAAAAGUUCUUAUUAACUGAUUUCGGUAGUGUUGUACCAGAAAGUAAAUUUUAUAAUCGAACUAAAGGAGAUUGUCCUAUAAUUGAUGAGAAUAUUCAAAAAUAUACUACAUUAGCUUAUCGAUCACCAGAAAUGAUUAAUCUUUAUGACUAUAAACCAAUUGGAAGAAAGGCUGAUGUUUGGGCAUUAGGAUGUAUAUUAUAUAAAAUUUGUUACUUCGAUACUCCAUUUGAAGAAUCUCCAAUGAGAAUUCAAUUUUGUAAAUACUCUAUUCCAAAUAAUUAUUAUUCUAAGAAAGUGACUCAAUUCUUUGAAAAGAUCUUUGUUAUUGAUCCUUUUGAACGUAUUAACACUUUUCAACUUAUGGAUAUGAUAGCUAAAGAAGUUAACUUACCAAAUCCUUAUGCCAACUUAAUGGAUCAAUCUGAUCCUGUUGCUUCUAGUGCUCCUUCACCAUCUCCAAAUCCUGUUCAACCUCAAGAAGAAACGUUGAAACCACAAGUAUCAACUUCAAGUUCUGCUGGAUUAUUCUGGGAUAAUUUUAAAGACAUUCCUACACAAUCUGAUGAUUCUUUAAAACAAAAGCCAUCUAUUCUUCAACCAAAAACAUCUGGGGAAAGUCAAACAUCUUCUUCAAUAACCCAUUCAACUAAUUCAGUUAAUAAUAGCAGUUCAAAUAUUUCACCAUCACUUAACAAGUCAACAGAUUUAUUUUCCUUUGAUGAAUAUCCAAAGAAGUCAUAUACCCCAAUGACUACUUCAACAGAUUUAUUCUCAUUUAAUCAACCAAGUAAUACUACUGUUUCUCAAUCACCUAAACCAUCAUCUUCUGCUUCAUUAUUUGACUUUGGAACACCUUCAACAAAACAAACAACUAUUGUUAUGACUAGUAAUUCAUCUAACACACAUUCUCCACAACCAAAAAGUCAAGCAUUAUUUGAUUUUGAAAGUGAAAGUCCAUUUAAUUCAAAUUCUCAAAAGAAAGAUGAUAUAUUUGCUUCAUUAAAUACUAGUAAAUCAAAAAGUUCAUCACCAAAUAUUCAACAAACAAAUGGAGAUUUAUUUUGGAAAGGAACAAAAGAUUCUUUUGAUUUUAAUGGUCAAUGGUAA